CUGCGCACCGUUUUCAUUCCAGAGCUACCUAAGACCAGCACGCUUCCAUGGCCUACGCCUGACCCAGACUCUGUAAAGGACACAACAUUUGCCAUUUUAACCAGACCAACGCUGCCGACUUGCUGCUCUGCAACACCCAGGACAGCACGUCCACCAGACCAACACACCAUGGAAAACCAUACCACGGACUCAGCCGACUGGCCACUGACAACAGAAUUUGACUACAGCGAUUCAACACCAUGCCCAGGAACUGAGGAAAAGCACUUUGCAGCAAAACUUCUGCCACCGCUUUAUUCUUUGGUGGUGAUAUUUGGCCUCACGGGCAACAUGCUUGUUGUCCUUAUCCUGGUAAAAUACAAGAGAUUGAAGAGUAUGACUGACAUCUACCUGCUCAAUUUGGCAAUUUCUGAUUUGUUGUUUAUAUUUUCUCUUCCUUUUUGGGCUUAUUACGCUGUUCACAACUGGAUUUUUGGGGAAGCGCUGUGUAGAAUUCUCUCAGGUGUCUACCUGCUUGGCUUCUACAGCGGGAUCUUUUUCAUAAUCCUGUUGACCCUAGACAGGUAUCUGGCCAUAGUGCAUGCAGUGUUUGCCUUAAAAGCUAGGACAGUUACCUACGGCAUCCUCACCAGCGCUGUCACUUGGGCUGUUGCUAUUUUUGCUUCUGUUCCUGGGAUAGUAUUUCACAAAACUCAAAAGGAAAAUUCACGUUAUACUUGCAGUGCUCAUUAUCCACCAGAGCAGAGAAAUGCAUGGAAGCAAUUCCUGACCUUAAAAAUGAACAUCCUGGGACUUGUUAUUCCAAUGUUAAUUAUGAUCUGCAGCUACACACAAAUUAUAAAGACAUUACUGCAAUGCAGGAAUGAGAAGAAACAUAAAGCAGUCAGGCUUAUUUUUAUCAUCAUGAUUGUCUACUUUUUUUUCUGGGCACCAUACAACAUUUGCAUUCUCUUGCGUGAUUUUCAAGGUACAUUUUCCAUCACUACUUGUGAAGGCAGUGGUCAACUGCACAAAGCAACCCAAGUGACAGAAACAAUCUCCAUGAUCCACUGUUGUAUCAACCCUGUAAUUUAUGCCUUCGCUGGAGAAAAAUUUAGGAAGUAUCUUCAUAGCUUUUUCCAAAAGCAGAUUGCAUUCCACUUCUCUAAAUACUGUCCCGUUUUCUAUGUUGACACAGCUGAACGGGCUAGCUCCACCUACACCCAAUCCACGGGAGAACAGGAAGUCUCUGCUGCAUUGUAAGUUGUGUCUAGCGAAAAAGUGGAACUGACUUUUGUGAAACCAAGUCUGUGAUGAAAGCCUACAGAAUCUGUCCUGGAUAUUGGCUCUAAGGCAGCUGCAACAGAUCA